GGCUCAGGGCACCCCCGGGCACCCAUCGCAGCCCCCAGGUGCCCACCCCGAAGUUUGAAGUUCGCCGGCAUGGCCACAACCACCCGGCUGCGCUGCCGGGUGCAGGAGGGGAAGGACCUGCCCGCCAAGGACCUGUCUGGCUCCAGCCAUCCCUGCUGCGAGGUCAAGGUGGACAACGAGGUGGUGGCCGGGACAGCCACCGUGUGGAAGAGCCUGAACCCUUUUUGGGGUGAGGAAAUCACGCUGCCUCUGCCCCGUGGAUUCCACAGCUAUGUGCUGGAUGAAGACACCAUUGGGAAGGACGAUGUCAUCGGCAAGGUGUCACUCAGCCACCAGCAGAUCUCGGCCAAGCUGCGGGGCACUGACAGCUGGCUCAGCCUGGCACCUGUGAGCCCCAACCAGGAGGUGCAGGGUGAGAUCCACCUGGAGCUGGGGGUCCCCGAGCAGGGCCACCCGCGGGUGCUGUGCUGCCACCUCAUCGAGGCCAGGUGGGGGGAUGGCAGCUCCCGGGGCUGCCACCACCACCACGGGGUCUCAUUUUUGAUGUGCGUGCAAGUGCGUGUGAGCGUGCACAGGGACACACACGCGGUGACACACACGCACGGGACCCGGGACGCCUCGGGCACCUCGGACCCCUCUGGCCGGGUGUCGUGCUGCGGGCACACGCUGGAGACAGCCGUGGCGAAGAAAACGCGGUUCCCUCGCUGGGAUGAGGCUGAGUUCGAGCUGCCAGAGGGGGUGCUGAGCGUGGAGCUUUGAUGGGACACGGUGGGCAAGAACGACUUCCUGGGGCGGCUCUAGUUCUUCUUGGACACCCUCUGGCCGGGCCCCACCAGGGGCUGGUUCCAUCUCCUGCCCUUCCCCAGCACCAGCGAGCAGCACGGGGGACAGCUGGGUGCCCUGAGGCUGGCAGUGAGGCUGCUGCAGGACACGGUCCUGCCCUCCCACCACUACCAGCCCCUCGUCCAGCUCCUCACCGAGCCCGUCCUCUGCCCUGCCCAGCUGGGUGCUGGGGCUGGCACAGCUCUGGCUGUCCUGGAGGAGGUGACCUCAGUGGAGAGCUGGCAGGACGUGGCCACCAAGUUGGUGAAGAUCUUCUUGGGCCAAGGGCUAGCUGUGCCCCUCCUGGACUAUCUCACCACUGCUGAUCCCAACACCCUCUUCCGCUCCACCUCUCUGGCCUCCAAAUCCAUGGAGCAGUUCAUGAAGGUGAUGGGGCUGCCCUACCUGCACGAGGUCCUGAAGCCAGUCCUGAACUGCAUCUUUGAGGAGAAGAAAUAUGUGGAGCUGGACCCCGGCAAGGGGAGCAGCCAGGGUGGCCCAGGGGGUGACACCAGCAGGGACACAGCAGUGUCACCCCUUCCCUGCAUGGCACACGCUCUGCAGAGCUUCAGGAGCCUGGGGCUGCAGCUGGGGCAGGGCAAGGAGCCGUGGAUGGCCCCGCUGAACGCCGUCCUCCUGCCCAGUGCCACCCGUGUGCGGGCCUUCCUGUACGCCCUGGUCACCGUGGGUGAGCGGGGACACAGGGCAGGGAGGGGACAUGGCUGGUGCUGGGUCAAUGCCACCACCCUGGUGCUGCCAGGAGCACCCUCGGGUCGUGGGAGGGGGUGGCACUCGAGGUGACACCUCUCCGUCCCUGUCACAAUCACAGUGGGCCAGGUGGCA